AUUGUGGUAGUAUACACGCAAUUCUGAAGGAGUUAACAUAGGUACACGAUACAGUUAUUUUUGUUUUUUCUUAUUAACGUUGUAUAUGCUUUUUGUGAGUUUAAAGAUUCUUUUUUAAUCGACAUUGAUUAUUUUGUUCCAUAAUAUGUAAUUCUCAUAGAUGUGCACCUAAUAAAUCACGUAGCAAAAUACAAUUUUAAUCAUGAAUAUUAGAGUUACUUUACUUGGAAUUUGCCUACUAUUUAUUAGUUCAUGUUUUUCCAUAAAUAUUUUCCAAUAUUUGGGUCAGAGUUACCGUAAAAAUUUAAUUCAAUUCCGGGAAGAUGCUCAAUUUGGGAACAAAAAAAUAUUAGAUGAAUACGAUUUCAUAGUGGUUGGAGCUGGCGCUGCAGGAGCAACGGUCGCUCGACGGUUAGCGGAAGUCACAGGAUGGAACAUACUAUUAUUGGAAGCUGGUGGAGAAGAAUCAUUGAUAACUUCUUUACCUAGUAUUGCUCACUAUUUACAAUUCACAAAUUAUAAUUGGGCAUACCAUACGGAAAAGGAACCAUAUGCUUGUAAAGGACUUAUAAAUAAGACUUGCCCUUGGCCAGCAGGAAAAGGAUUGGGAGGUAGCACAAUAAUUAAUAACAAUAUGUAUACAAGAGGUAAUGUAAGAGAUUUCGAUCGUUGGGCAGAGGCUGGAAAUCCAGGAUGGUCUUAUAAUGAUGUACUACCGUAUUUCAUAAAAAAUGAAAACAUAAACGUACCAGAACUCAAAAGGUCACCUUAUCACGGUGUUGAAGGACCAUUGCCAAUAAGCUAUGCUCCAUAUAAGUCAAAACUUAUUGAUGCGUUCUUGGAGUCAGCGCCUGAAGUCGGUAUGUCUGUUGGUGACUACAACGCUCCAGGUAGCCAUGUGGUUUUUUCAAGAAUUCAAAGUACAACAUCGAAUGGAAGACGAAUAACUUCUGCGAGAGCUUAUCUCCAUGACAAUUUAGAAAAUCUGCAUAUAGUUGAGUUUGGAUAUGUUACGAAAAUACUAAUAGACGACCGUACAAAAGUGGCAUAUGGAGUAGAGUUCGUAAAAAAUAAAAAGAAAAGAAGAGUAUUGGCUAAAAAAGAAGUGAUAAUAUCAGCAGGCACGUUUAACUCUGCUAAGCUAUUAAUGUUGUCAGGUAUUGGACCUAAAGAACAUUUGGAUUCAUUGGGGAUAAAAACUGUGAGUGAUUUGCGCGUGGGUGAUAAUUUACAAGAACAUCCAGCAUUUGCCGGGUUAACUUUUGUACUAAAUGAUACUGUAUCAUUUGUUCCGGACAGAAUAUAUCGCCAUUUAAUAAAUGAAGCAUUUAGAAUAUACGAAAAAAAAAGUUGGAUGUCAACUUUACCUCCGGAAGGUGUUGGAUAUGUCAAAACUAAGUACAACACGGAUAUAGGAGACGUACCUGAUAUCGAGUACAUAUUCAUACCUACUAGUUUGGCUGGAGAGGGGGGUUUGGGUGGCAAUAUUGGACGGAGAUCAAUGGGUGUACCUGAUAGGUUGUUCUACGAAACAUACAACGGUAUUUUGGCACGUGACACGUGGUCAAUUUGGGUCAUGUUGAUGUAUCCAGAGAGCAGAGGACAGGUACGAUUGCGAAGUGCUAAUCCGUUUGACAAGCCAGUGAUCAAUGCGAAUUUCUUCGCUGACCCUCUCGAUUUAAAACGGAUUGUAGAGGGCAUAAAAAUGACAAUUGAGCUUAGCAAAACCAAGGCGUUCCAAAAGUACGGUUCCAAAUUGCAUAAAACCCCUAUGCUGGGAUGUAGACAUUUAGAAUUCGGCUCCGACCCGUACUGGGAAUGUUGUGUUCAGACGAUGACAAUGCAAAUGCACCACCAGAGUGGCACAUGCAAAAUGGGACCGGAAUGGGACCGAAACGCCGUAGUGAACUCUCAGCUGAAGGUGUAUGGUGUGAACAAUCUGAGGGUAAUAGACUGCUCUAUAAUGCCCACAAUUACGGGCGCUCACACUGUUGCACCGGCAUACAUGAUUGGUGAGAAGGGCGCCGAUUUAGUAAAGUCUACUUGGUUGAAUAAAAUGUAAGAAUAUUUGUGAUCACUAAUCAGUGCCUAAUUGAUUAAAAUUCAGUUAUAUUUGAAUCUAUUUUAUAAAAAUAUAUCAGUGUAAAAUAUUAUUAAGUACCUGAACAUUAUUAUU